ACCUCAUCGAAGCAAUCAAAAUCAGCCCCACACCCGAAAUUUUCCGAGAAAAUCCCGAAUUAGGUGAAUGGCUCAGUAUCCAUGAACCCUCAAUAACAGUUGUGAUUCUUAUCUUCCCCAAAAAUUUUCCAUUUUCUCCUCAGAAAAGAUUUCAUCUCGUAUAAGUGGCGAUUGAUUUCGAUUCCAUCUGAGGCGAGGCAGAAUCGGAAGAACCAGACGAGCGAUCGAGCGAUCGAGCGAGAGGCCAGAAGAAUUCUUCCUCAGAGUUGCCCUAUUUGCAGCUGCAGCUCUGAUUUCAGGUUUCCAUUCCUCUGGCGUCGAUUAGGAGGAGCUAAUUCGGGCCAAUUUUGUUCGAAUUUCGGAGAUUAAUCAUGAUUGAUGAGAUCAAGGCUGCAAUCGGCGAUGGCGUGCUCACUGCCAUGUGGAUUUUCUGCGCAUCGUCUCUUGGGGUUCUCACCGCCCUCCUGUACUCAGCCGCUGGAGUUUAUGGCGUGCCGCUUCAUCCGCUCCUCAUCACCACUACUCUCGUCUUCCUUCUCGUUUUCGUCUUUAAUAUAAUUGGCGCUGCUUUGGGUGGGGCCAGCUUUAACCCCACCGCCACUGCUGCUUUCUACGCUGCCGGAGUUGGCCCAACCUCUCUUUUCGCCAUGGCUCUCCGUUUCCCUGCUCAGGCAGCUGGUGCUGUUGCGGGUGCAUUGGCGAUCAAGGAGGUGAUGCCUAUACAAUAUAAGCACAUGCUCGGUGGCCCUUCGCUAAAAGUUGAUAUUCAUACUGGAGCCACAGCUGAAGGAGUUUUGACCUUUAUAAUCAGUUUUGCUGUUCUUCUGAUUGUACUCAGGGGUCCCUCCAGCGAAGUAAUUAAAACAUGGUUGCUGGCUAUGGCUACUGUAGCAUUAAUCGUUGCUGGUUCUCCUUACACUGGGCCUUCCAUGAAUCCUGCAAAUGCAUUUGGGUGGGCAUAUAUAAACAACAGGCACGACACAUGGGAGCAGUUGUACGUGUACUGGAUCUCCCCCUUCAUAGGAGCCAUUUUGGCUGCUUGGAUUUUCCGAUUCAUCUUCCCACCACCAGUCCCAGCCCGAGCCCGAGCCCGAGCCCCAGCCAAGCAGAAGAAAGCUUGAAACCCAAGUUAAAAGCUGCUGCUGCUGCUGUGUUUCUUUAGAUAGGCUUUGAUCAAUCAAAUGUAGCAAGUAAGAACACUUCCAUUUCUGUUAUUAAGAUAAAUUGGUGCUGUUUAAAGUCUAUUUUGCAGCUUCUGGAUCAAUAAUCCUUCAAUUAACUUCCCCUUUAAAUCAAUUCUCUGAAUUGCCAAGUGAUUGCUGUUGCUUGCUGCCA